GGGCGGAGCGGGGGGCGGUGGCCGGUGGUGGCGGCGGGGCCGGGCCGGCAGGUGGGGGCCGCCGGGAGGCGGAGGGCGAGGAGCCGGGCGGGCGGCUCGGCGAGCGGGCUGCCGCGGGAGGCGCACGGCGGCGGCGGUCGUACCCGCAGCCCGGGCCGCGGAGGGGCCGGCGGGGCCCCUUGCUGCAGAGCCAGAUGUGCGGGACGGGGGGCUGCGAGGGGCCGGCGGGGGGGUGCUGGGGGCUGCCGCCGCCGCUGCUGCCGCGGCCGGCGGGGGAUCCUUAGCCGUGCGGGAAGCGGGGAAGCCGCGUCGGGAGCUGUUAUUUUCUUCUCCUCCUUCCUUUGCCUUCCCUCUCCUCCCUCCUCCUCCUCCUCCUCCUCACCAAAACCGGGAGAGGAGGCGUGUUCGUAGAGUCUUGCUGCACCGGUUUUGCUUGGUUUCUUGUUGCAGGGUUUGGUUUGCAGGGUGGUUUUUCGGUGGGGAUUUUUUUUCCCCCCCUUUUCUUCUCCCCCCUCCCUUUUCCCUCCCUCUUCUUUGGGCCAUUGCAUGCUCGGAUCCGGCUGGAUCCUUCCUUUUAUUUUCGGCGGUGUCUCUCGGAGGGGGGAAGGGAGAGCUGGGAUGAGUGCAGCUUGACGCACAGGCGAGGGGAGGGGGGGCACCGCCGGCAGCUGCAGCGGUUCGUGGCCGCAGGGUGAGGACGGGAGCGAGCGAGGGGCUCGCUCGGUACCUCCCCCUUUAUUCGCCCCUCUCCUUCCUCCCCUUCUUCCCUCCCUUCCCCCCCUCCCCCAUCCGUCUCCUGCCGGGUCCGGCUGGGAGCGUGUGUGCAAUAUAUUACGUUGCAAGGUGUGUGUGUGUGUGUGCGCGGAGCGGAGGGAGGGAAGGAAGGAAGGACUCGCGAGGGAGCUGGGGCUGCCCGGGCCCCGUCCCCUAUGUGAGUCCCCCCGGGCGGCUGGAUGGCGAUAGACCGGCGCCGGGAGGGGGGCGGCGGGGGCCGGCCGCUGCCGGAGGAGAACGGCUCCGUGCCCGGGGGCGCCGCCGCCGCCCCCCCGGGGCUGCCCCCCGCCAGCGCCGAGAUCCAGGCGGUGCCGGUGCCGCCGCCGCCCCCCGCCGCCGCCUGCAGCCCGCUGCUCCUCGACUACGAUGGUUCGGUGCUGCCCUUCCUCGGGGGGCUGGGCGGCGGGUACCAGCGGACCCUGGUGCUGCUCACUUGGGUCCCGGCCCUCUUCAUCGGCUUCAGCAAGUUCUCGGACUCCUUCCUUCUGGACCAGCCCGACUUCUGGUGCCGGGAGGCGGACGGGCAGGGCAACUGGAGCGAGUCCCUGGCGCCGGGCCACGCCAACCGCAGCGGCAACGGCAGCAUCUUCCCCCCGCCCGGGCUGCCCACCCCCGCGGGGGGCAAUGCCAGCGAGUGCGACUGCCACGAGUGGCACUACCGCAUCAGAGCCGGCCUCGUCCAAAACGUCGUGAGCAAGUGGGAUCUUGUCUGUGAUUCUGCCUGGAAAGUCCACAUUGCUAAAUUCUCCCUACUGGUAGGAUUAAUCUUCGGCCACUUAAUAACAGGAUGUAUAGCUGACUGGGUUGGUCGACGGCCUGUACUGCUCUUCUCUGUCAUAUUCAUUUUGAUAUUUGGACUGACUGUGGCACUCUCAGUGAACGUGACCAUGUUCAGCACACUCAGGUUUUUUGAGGGGUUUUGCCUGGCUGGAAUAGUCCUCUCCCUGUACGCACUGAGGAUAGAGCUCUGUCCUCCUGGGCACCGGUUCAUGAUCACCAUGGUGGCGAGCUUCAUCGAAAUGGCGGGGCAGUUCCUCAUGCCAGGACUGGCUGCCCUCUGCAGGGACUGGCAGGUCCUCCAGGCAGUCAUCAUCUGUCCUUUCCUGCUGAUGCUGCUUUACUGGGUUAUUUUCCCAGAGUCUCUUCGGUGGCUGAUGGCUACGCAACAGUUUGAGGCAUCCAAGGAACUGAUCCUUCAGUUCACGCACAAGAACAGGAUGAACACAGAAAGUGACAUCAAAGGAGUGGUUCCCGGGCAUAGGAUGGACGAAUCAGUGCAUAGGAUGGACGAUGCUGUGGGAAUGAAGCUGUUGUCUGUUCCUCAUUUGUUGCAGAAUUUGGAAGAGCUGGAAAAGGAGAUCACCAGGAGACCAAAGAAAGUCUGCAUUGUUAAAGUGGUGGGAACAAGGAACCUGUGGAAAAACAUCGUAGUAUUGUGUGUGAACUCGCUCACUGGUUACGGCAUACACCACUGUUUUGCAAAAAGCAUGAUGGGGCAUGAAGCGAAGAUGGCGAUCACCCACAACUUCUAUGCGGACUACUACACCAUGGCUGGGAUUGCGCUGGCAUCCUGCCUGGCCAUGUGCCCAGUGGUCGGGUUUCUGGGGAGGAGAGGAGGACUCCUGCUUUUCAUGAUCCUUACAGCCCUGGCAUCCCUUCUGCAGCUGGGCCUUCUCAACUUGAUCGGAAAAUACAGUCAACUUCCAGACUCAGGUAUGAGCGACAGCGUCAAAGACAAAUUCUCUACUGCGUUUUCCAUCGUGGGUAUGUUUUCUUCGCAUGCCGUUGGAAGCCUCAGCGUGUUCUUCUGUGCUGAAAUCACACCCACAGUAAUCAGGGGAGGCGGGCUGGGGCUGGUCCUGGCCAGCGCAGGCUUCGGCCGCCUGACUGCCCCCAUCAUGGAGCUCCACAACCAGAAAGGCUACUUCCUCCACCAUGUCAUCUUUGCCUGCUGUACACUCAUCUGCAUCAUCUGCAUCCUGCUGCUGCCGGAGAGCAAGAACCAGAACCUGCCCGAGAACAUCCCGGAUGGGGAACAUUACACCCGGCAGCCGCUCCUGCCGCACAAGAAGGGGGAGCAGCCCCUGCUCCUGACAAACUCUGAACUCAAGGAUUACUCUGGUCUCCACGACUCGGCAGCUGUGAGCGACGGGAUCUCGGAGAACACCACUGCCAACGGGAUGAAGUCAAUGUAACCGGGCGUAUUUUUUUUUUCUUUCCUUCUUUUUUUGGUUGGGUGGUUUGUUUUCCCUUCUCUUUCUUUUGUAUUUUAUUUGAUGCUGUUGUGCAGGAGGAGCAGCACUUUGGGCAAAGGUGUUUUGCACAGAUUUUACAAACCAGUGAUAAGAGCACAGACUUGGGGUAAUUCAACUCUGCUGCUAAAGCAACUUUUGGCAUCUUCAGCUGUUGUGCAGAUUGCUCUUGAAAAAGUUAUGGGGGAAAAAGACUCAUCUGAGAAAAGACCUGGCUGGAGGUAGCCCUUCAGAACUCUUUUUUUCCUGCCAUUAAAUAUUUAUUUUGAUUUUUUUCUCAAGAAGCACUUUAUUUCCUUUUCCUUUCAUAGAUCACAAAAAUGAAGCCAUUUUAUUAUAAGAGGUGCAACCAUUCCAAGAAAAAAACCAUGGGGGUUGGGGGGGGGGGGGGGUGUUCUCUGUUUUGUUUUUGUGUUUCUUUAAAGGAAAGAGGGAUCCAUGGCAAAGUUGAAUUGACUGAAAUUUAGACUUGUGCAACAUUCUUCUGUCUAGGAAGUCCAAGCGCCCAGGUUGCCUGCUGCGUUUGUAUACACCAAAAAAAAAAAAAACCACCCUGUUGUGACUCUGACUGCAUUUUAGGCAGCUUAUGUUCAUUUUUAUAGCCCAUAUGCACUUAAAAGUUACUUUCUAAAUUAGUAAUUUUUUUUUUCACCAAUGCAGUGAAGAAAAUCCUACCCAAACAAGCUGAUUCUUCAAUGUGAAUCAGCCUUCUGCAUUUUAAGAGUCCAUCAAUCUAUUUUAGAUGGUUCCUGCUGGUUCUUAAUAGUAAUGUAAAUGAUUUGACCAAUGACACAAAAAUCAGUUUUGCCGAGAAUGGCUUUCGUUAGGAGGAAGCCUAGAAUCUCUGACUGACUGCUCCAGGAGGAGAGCAUAGACCAGCAGGGACAAAAAGUAAGGAGCAUGGGCUAUGUUCUGUACUUCUACUCCAAAAGGCAGCGCAGCUGGGAUUCCCGCUCCUGGGAAAUGAGCGUCCUGGCAUUGCCUUAUGUUUUUUUAGAACCAGGGUUUUUGUUUUCAAUUUAAGUGAACAAAAUAUUUAAGUGACUGUCAGAAAGGAAUGAAUUGAUACCCUGUGAAUAAUGACUUAUGGGCUGCUGUUGGCCAUCUUGGGGCUCUAGAGAUGUUUUCUGGUUCUGACCCAAGAAUAUAUAGUGAAUUCACCCAGAUUUGCCCCCUUCCCUAUUUUAUCCUGGUUUUAUAUUCAGGGCAAAAAGUUUACUUAAAUUGGAUCAAUCCUACUGUAGGCUAAGCAAAGCAAACAUCCAGUUUGUCUCGUACUGUGCAGAUGGCACUUUGAUAGGGGCCACUUGACUUCUCUCCUCCAGCCCCCAAACCAACUAUUUCCUUUGGCCAUCAGCUUUUGGUUCUCACUGUGUGAAUAUCGUGAGGAUCUAGUUCAAUGCAAGGACUUUGUAAACAAACAGCUUUCUUGCAUUGUAGUUAACCUCCCUGCUCUCCCUCCCUGCUCUCCCUCCCUCUUCUCCUUUCUCACUCAGGCCAUCCAUUUGUGAUUGCUCAGUAGUGCAGACGUUCAAACAAAUGGAGCAGCAGGAUUUUGAUGUUGUAUUGAGUGUCCAUAUGAUUGCCACUUUGUUUGACGUACAGCUUGCGUUCGUAUGCAUGGAAAGCGCUUGUUUGCACUUUCCUCCUCUACCUUCCCUCCCCCCUUCCUCCUUUGCUGUAUAUAUUGUCGAUUAACUACUGUACCUAACAAUUUCCAUCCUCCAUUAGGCUGCCAAUGUCCUCUUACAGGCCCCAAUAAAUCAGAGAUACGUGCUCCCUGGCAGACAAUGCAGUAGCGCAGCCUCAGAUGCUGACAAGUGCAAGGGGACCGGUAGACCUGCAGAAGCGACAGAGAUUGUUGCAUUCAGAGUAACAAUGUUGUCCUAAAGCUGCUAAUUUUUGCACAGAAGAUGUGGAUAUUUGGGUUCUUCUUGAGCCUGGUAAGAAACACUGGACCUGUUGAUGGUAGUUUUGCCCAAAGUUACACUACUGGUUUUUUUCACCUUUGCUAGACUUGCUGCGACAGCAAGAGCCUGAUCGUCCUUACAUUCAAAUUUUAUUGUUGAGCUUGAGCACAGCUGCUUCUCUUUGUUCUGUGCUGAGACUGCAGUCUGUGUUCACCUAAGGAAAAAACCCAGGCCUUCCCCAUUCAUGCAGUAUUCAUGUGCCAAGUUUGUGCAAUAACUUUUGCCUUCAAUAUGAGUUGCUUGUUGCAAGCCACACACAUUGGGGUGGGGGCGAGUUCACAACAAAAAAUCGAAGUAGCAAAACAAAAGUCUUAACGAAAAAGGUCCUGAAAGCAGAGCAGCAGGGGCAAGUGCUGAGGCGGAGAGCGGCAUCCUGCCAUCCAUCGUGCCGUGGAGCCAGCAGCUCCUUCGUUCACGGUCUCUGCGCGUGUGUGCUCAAGCUAUGGUUACGUCUCUUCUAAACCAUCCACAAAGCCUAUUAAACUGGCUGCUUCCAGCACUGUCAGUGGUCCUGGUGUGCUCACCACUGUUGUCCACAGCGCUUUAUCGUUUCCUGUUCUAGUGGUUGCUCUCUGAUGACAGAUGGGCCCAGGGAAGAGAAUGGUUGUUUAAACUUACCGGCAUUUACAUAGUAAACACACUAGGUGACAGGAACAUGCAGCAAUUUAUUUUUUAAAAAAUUAUGAAAUUCACUUGAUUUGCUGUUUUUUGGGGUUUUUGCCUGAAACCAGGUAGUCAGUACUGAUCUUCUCCAAUGUGGGGAGCCCCGACUUCUAAAGUUGGUCUGGCCCUCUGCCUCUGUCACGACAAUAAAACACAAACUAACUUCCUGCCUUGGCAGCUCCAGUUUUGCUCCUUUUCCUAAAGAGAUGAACACUUCUGUGAUCAUUAUUUUUUUCCAGAUGCUCUCACAGAGUUGGAAAGUUUUUGCUAAGCAUAUCUUGUAUGGAGGAGUCGGGUACCAGGUGAUGCAGCAGGGCAGAAAGGAAACGCGGAGAUGCUUACCCUGCUCAGCCUCGUCCUGGGGCAGGACAGGGGUCUCUGCUGGGGUCCCUGUCUGCCACACCAUCGGCUCCUCGGCCCCAUCUCCUCCACAGCCAUCACCAGGAAAGGCUUUUCUCAGGUGGCUCUUCCUGGCCACUGCAACAGGGGACACGGUCAAAGCUGUCCUGUCCAUUUUGGCCUCUUUCUGUGAACCUUCAGUAACCUCUAAGCCCAUCAGUGGAUUUUGCUUUGGGUUUACCAUUUAAGGGCUUUCUUCCAUCUUUGUAAGUUUAAACAAAAAUGUGAAAGUGACAUUAUGCUUGAUCUUGGGGGUUUUGCCCCCUUUUAAGGUUUCAGCACUACUUUUGUUGCCAGGCACACUGCAAAUGGAUAACGCUAGUUGCCUGUUUGCAAGUGUUUUGUGGCCACUCAGAAAGGCGGCUGUGGGAUUUACUUCUUCGUUUGGUUGAGCAGGCUUUUUUUUUCUUUAAUGGAAGUAUUUUACUAAACUGUUUGCCACUUCCUGGAGCCAAACACUAAAGGUCACCAAAUUGGAAGCAGAAGUGCCAUUAACUGAACUCCGUGAAUGUCAAGUCAAGUUGCGCCUGUAGCUGGCACAUAAGACAAAGCAGGGGGAUGAUCUCCCCUGCCCUAACUCUUUUUUGUUUGUUUGUUUUCUUUUUUUUAAGAAAAAUGACAAACCUCAUUUUAAAUGUAUUGUGUAAAAUGUUUCGGGAAAGGAGUACGGUGUGUUAUGUCUAGUGGGUGAGACCUCCCUCCCCAUCUCAGUUUCUGAUGAAGUUUUAAAGAAUCGUGUUACUGUACGUUUUGAUCAUGAAUAGUCUGGUGGUGCUUCCUCAUAGCACAAGCUUAAAUCAAGUACUGAGAACAGUCUUACAAGCUAAAUGUCUGCAUGAUGUUACAUCUGUUGUACCUACUGAAAAGAACUUUGUAUGUAAAUGUACAGAAUAAAAUGACGUUGUCCCAUCA